CUCUCACAUUUAUUCGCCGGCCGAUUUCUCCGUCUUAAAAAAGAUCUAAACCAAAAAUUCAGUGAUUCCAUAUGGACGAUCUCCGAGGAGUAAACUCACAAAGCUCGAUAUCGGAGCUGGACGACCUGGCUCGGUUACUUGACCGGCCGAGGCUAAACAUCGAACGGAAAAGAUCGUUCGACGAGAGGUCCUUCAGCGAAAUGGGAAUAUUCGACAGCGUCAAUUCUUCCGGCGGCCGGUCUGGUUGGGAAACUCCGGCUUCUUCCACUAGAAACUCGUUCGAGCCACAUCCUAUGGUCGCCGAGGCUUGGGACGCUCUACGUCGUUCUCUGGUUUACUUCCGUGGCCAACCUGUUGGUACCAUCGCUGCCUACGACCAUGCCUCCGAGGAAGUCUUGAAUUAUGACCAGGUUUUCGUAAGAGAUUUUGUUCCAAGCGCAUUAGCUUUCCUAAUGAACGGAGAGCCAGAGAUAGUCAAGAACUUCCUCCUCAAGACAAUUCAAAUCCAAGGAAGGGAGAAAAGAAUCGACCGGUUCAAGCUCGGCGAAGGCGCCAUGCCUGCUAGCUUCAAGGUCCUUCACGACCCGAUCAAGAAAACAGACACUGUCAUCGCUGACUUCGGAGAGAGCGCGAUCGGAAGAGUGGCUCCGGUUGACUCAGGUUUCUGGUGGAUCAUUCUCCUCAGAGCCUACACCAAAUCCACCGGAGACCAUUCUUUGGCUGAAACACCUGAGUGUCAAAAGGGAAUGAGACUCAUUCUAUCUCUUUGUCUCUCCGAAGGUUUCGAUACUUUCCCUACGUUGCUUUGCGCUGAUGGCUGCUCCAUGGUCGAUCGAAGAAUGGGGGUUUAUGGAUACCCGAUCGAGAUACAAGCUCUCUUCUUCAUGGCUCUACGAUCAGCAAUGUCGAUGCUAAAGCACGACGCGGAAGGGAAAGAGUUCAUGGAGAAGAUAGCGAAGCGGCUACACGCGCUUAGCUUCCACAUGAGAAGCUAUUUCUGGCUCGAUUUUCAGCAGCUCAACGACAUAUACCGUUACAAGACGGAGGAGUACUCUCACACAGCAGUCAACAAGUUCAACGUCAUCCCUGAUUCGAUCCCUGAGUGGGUCUUCGACUUCAUGCCUCUACGUGGCGGUUACUUCAUAGGAAACGUUAGUCCGGCUCGUAUGGAUUUCAGGUGGUUCGCUCUUGGCAACUGUGUAGCCAUCCUUGCUUCCUUAGCCACGCCUGAGCAGUCGGCGGCGAUCAUGGACUUGAUCGAGGAACGGUGGGAGGAGCUGGUCGGAGAAAUGCCGGUCAAGAUCUGUCAUCCGGCGAUCGAGAGCCACGAGUGGCGGAUUGUUACCGGUUGUGAUCCCAAGAAUACUCGCUGGAGUUACCAUAAUGGAGGCUCUUGGCCAGUGCUCUUGUGGCUAUUAACAGCUGCGUGCAUAAAGACGGGACGGCCACAGAUAGCGAGGCGGGCCAUAGACCUGGCGGAGUCACGGCUUUUGAAAGACGGUUGGCCGGAGUACUACGACGGAAAAUCAGGAAGGUUCAUCGGGAAACAGGCGAGGAAGUUUCAGACAUGGUCCAUCGCCGGUUACUUGGUCGCCAAGAUGUUGUUAGAAGAUCCUUCUCAUCUUGGAAUGAUCUCAUUGGAAGAAGAUAAACAGACCAAACCUGUCAUUAAGAGAUCUUAUUCUUGGACAUGAUAAGUCAAUUCUUUGAGCAGAUUCGGCUGAGCUUUGGUAGUUUCUAAAUUUUGUUUUACGAGAUCACGCAUUUUGUAUAAUUGUUUUUUUUUUAUUAUUAUUCUUAAGCUUGUAGUGGAAUUAUGAUAUUGAUAACCAUUUUGUAUAUGAUUUUUUUUUCAUACUCCAUCCGUUUCAUAAAGAAUGUCAUUCUAACAUU